GGAUGGAGAGACGCUGGGUGUAGGAGCAGGAGAUAGCGCGCGCGGCGGCCGGGGAGGAGAGCAGCUGCGGCGAGCAGGCCGAGGAGGAGGGAGCGAGAGGGAGGGAGACGUCGCCUGCGAUGACACCGGCCUCAUCCGCCGCCGACACCGUCAUCGUCGCGAGCGAGCAGAGCAGCAGCAGCAGCCGGGCCGCGGCGCCGUCCGUCCCGUCGUCCUACGCCGUGAUCUGGGAGAAGGAGCGGUAAGAGACAGAGAGCUACGCGUCUCCUGCUGCGGCAUGGAGGUGGAGAAGGCCAGGUGCGAGUGCUGCGGGUUCACGGAGGAGUGCACGCCGGCGUACAUCGCGGCGGUGCGGGCCGAGUACCUUGGCCGCUGGGUGUGCGGCCUCUGCGCCGAGGCGGUGGGCGACGAGAUCCGGCGCGAGGACGGGGCGCUCACCACGGCCGAGGCGCUGGACCGCCACGUCGCGUUCAGGAAGGCGGCGGCGCCGUCCCCCGACGACCUCGUCGCGGCCGUGGCGCGGCUGCUCCGCCGCUGCCUCGACUCGCCGCCCGCGUCGCCAGCCGCGCCCGCGCCGCAGGGCCGGAAGGUUGCCGCGGGGCCCGGGUGCCCCGACGAGGCCGACGCCUGAAGCCUCGCUCCGCGCGCGCAACGCUGGAUGGCGAGCAGCUUGCUCGGCGGCGGCGGCAAUGAUUGCGGCCAUUAGUUGGUUCAAGCUGAUAGCGAAUUGAAUAUUGUGAUUACUUGUAGCUGUGCUAGAAUAAAACCCUGGCGGCAUGUGAGAGUAGCAGUGCUCGUGUAGGCCGCCUUCGUCUCCGCGAUCGAUUGAUGAUUGCUCGAGAGAGGAGCAGCAAAUCGCGCUCCGUAUGAUCAUCGAGCAACGAGCAUGAAGUUGUUACGUGCUUGGGGUCUAUCUAGCUAUGGUACUUCUAUAAUCUGGGGGAUUCAUGUGGAGGACAAGGACUGUUCCAUUAGCUCAGUACUGAAUAUUCAGCUAGAGAGCUAGACACUGUAGUCAGGUUGCGAUAACAUUGUACUGGACUCCUGGAGCCGUCCUUGGCCUAGAUGCAACUGUAUUCAUGUAAAUUAUCUUGCAAUUUGCUUGUGUAAUUCAUGGGUCACAUCGACACUUGGUGUU